AUGACAUGGAAUUUAGAUUGUGAUUGUGGAAUGAAAAAGAGAAAUCUAGAAAAUAUCUGCAUGAAGAAUGAGUUGGACAUGAUGAUGGAGGAGAAGUUUAUUGAAAAGAAGAGGAUUCUGAAACAGGACUUGGAUCCUGUUGUUCCAGAGGAGAAGCUGAGACUUGAAGAUGAAAGAACCGGGCAUGGAGUUUUUGGGGGCCCCAGCAAGAGAUUAGGAAACAAAGGCACAGAGAACUUAACGUCCCUCUCCGCCGGCCGGCUCCUCCCAGCCUCCUCCGCCCCCGCCCCCUCCACGGCGGUGGACCAAUCACUCCCCGGGCCGCCCAAGACCCGCCUCCUGCGCCUGCUUCCCCGGGCCAAGCAGGAUAAGGGCGUGGUUCAGGUCCUCAAGCGAGAGGGCACAGGCACAGGGGUGCCCGUGGUCGAGGACCGAGUCUCUGCCCACUACACGGGCUGGCUGUUCGAUGGCACCAAGUUCGACUCCAGCCUGGACCGCAAGGACAGAGUCUCCUUCGACCUGGGGAAAGGGGAAGUCAUCAAGGCUUGGGAUAUUGCUGUAGCGACCGUGAAGGAGUGGGAAGUGUGCCACAUCCCCUGCGAGCCAGAAUACGCCUACAGUUCGGCGGGCAGCCCUCCCAAGGCCACGCAUGUGCUCCAGGUGGAGUGGCGCCAUCGUGGAGGUCGCCCUGGAAGGUACUCCAAGGACCAGAUCUUUGACCGCCGGGAGGUCGGCGAGGCCGAGAGUGUGGAUCUGCCUUGUGGGCUGGAGAAAGCCAUUCAGCGCAAGGAAAAAGGAGAACAUUCCAUCGUGUAUCUCAAGCCCAGCUAUGCUUCUGGCAGCAUUGGGAAGGAAAAGUUCUGGAUCCCCCCAAAUGCUGAGCUGAAGUAUGAAGUAUAACUCAAGAGUUUGGGGAAGGCCAAGGAGUCCCAGGAGGUGAGCUCAGAGAAGCUGGAGCAGAGCUCCACAGUGAAGGAGUGGGGCACCGUGGACUUCCAGGAAGGCAAGUUCAAGCAAGCUCUGCUGCGGUACGAGAAGAUCGUGUCCUGGCUGGAAUUUGAGUCGACUUUCUCUAACGAGGACGUACAGAAGGCGCAGGCCCUUCGGCUGGCCUCCCACCUCAACCUGGCCAUGUGUCAUCUGAAGCUGCAAGCCUUCUCUGCUGCCGCUGAAUAUUGUAACAAGGCCCUGGAACUGGGCAGCAACCAUGAGAAGGGCCUUUUCCGCCAGGGAGAGGCCCACCUGGCGGUGAACGACUUUGACUUGGCACGGGCUGACUUCCAGAAGGUCCUGCAGCCCUACCCCAGCCACAAAGCUGCCAAGGCCCAGCAGCGGAUCCGCAAUGAGCUCGAAUGGAAGAAGAAGCUCUAUGACAAGAUAUCUGAGAGGCUAGCUGGGGAGGAGAGCAAGGCCAAGGCCACGGGCGCUGCAGGAGACCAGCCCGCUGACACGGAGGUGAAGCCAUUGAACAAUAGAGAAACAAUGCUCAGCCCCAAGGCCGUCCAAAAACAGGCAGUAGCCGGAUUUGGCCGCAAUCACCACGCUGGCCCCCAGCAGAAGCCCAGGACUCUACUUUUGACACGUCGUAAGCUACCUUUAGGAACAGACAGCUUUCCAGCAGCUACAGAGGAGAAACUUUCUCCUCACUCUCCUGAGUCAGGUGUAGCGAGAACUGUGAAAGGGAAAUCUGCCUUUCGCACCCCUCACCCUCCUCUCCGGGUUCCUCUCAUCACUGGCAGCCCUGCUCCUCGAAAGCAGGGGCCCCCAACCCCCGGGCUGUGGACUGGUACAGGUCCAUGUCCUGUUAGGCACCGGGCCGCACAGCAGGAGUUUUUAAGCAAACGCUUUUCCAAGGCUGCAGAAAUAGCUGCUAUUGACUUCGGAGGAGGUCAAGCGUAUGCAGAAGCGGCUGUAGGGUCAGUUUUGCGGCUCCCAUUUAGCUACUGGAUUUCUAGCAGGUCAAGGAAACGAUGGAGGAGAUUUGGGGCUUGGUUUCUGGCAGCAAACUCCACAACCAUAACUCUUGCUGGAUUUGGUGGAGCAGAGGAGCGUGAAUUUGUAAGUCAGGCUGCGAUCAAGUCUGAGGAAGAUUAG